AUGAUUAGAGAAAAGCUGAAAACUGCGCAAGACAGACAGAAAAGUUAUGCAGCCAACAAGUCCAAAGAUCUUGAAUUUGAAGUUGGGGAUUGGGUAUUCUUGAAGUUAUCUCUUUGGAAGGGGUUGAUGAGGUUCUGGAAACGUGGGAAAUUAAGCCCUCAUUAUAUCGAACCUUAUGAGAUCACAGAACGCAUCGGACUCGUUGCCUACAGACUUGCUUUACCUCCAGAACUAUCUCGGAUUCAUGACAUAUUUCAUGUAUUUAUGCUACGGAAGUAUGUGCCUGAUCCUUCCUAUAUCCUGGAACAUCAACCUGUGAAGUAG